AUGGAGGACUGCGAUUCGGGAAGUGGAAGUAGUGGAAGUGAAAUUGAGGUGGAUGAGGGCGUUGUGGAAGAAUAUUGCUGUCUUCUUUGUGACCACAAAACAACCGCGGUCUCAGAAUUUUUCCAACAUUUAGAGGAGAUUCAUCACUGGGACUUGCGGCAAGAAGGGAAACUCUUUGCUGAUCAGUACACUUGGAUCUCCUUCGUUAAUUGGACACGUAUAAAUAAACCUCCGCAUUGGAAGGAUUUCCUUGCCUUUAAUGAGGAAGACCGGCAGACAUACUUACAGCCUUUUAUUCAAGAUGAUGCUGUGUUGAUGAUUGUUGACAAGUCAGUAUUAAACAUCUUCAGAAACUUUAUAAAGCAGGGCCGUGAAGGCCUUAUUACAGGCAAAGUUGUCCUCAAUCUCUUUGAAGAUGCUGGAAUGAUAUCACUCUUUUUGGCCAAAGCCGACGCCAAGCGUGUUUUUAUCCCAGCAUCACCUUUCGUCGAAUCUGUUAAAGCUCUCGCCAAAUGCAACAACUGUGAGGAAAAGAUUGAGGUGGUGUCCAGUCUCGCCGCACUUCCGGUGAAUCGAAUUGAUAUUCUAUUCUGGGAUUGGUUGGAUGUCUUCUUCCUCAACUGCGACCAAUCAGACCUAUUCUCUCUUAUCCAAUCAAAGGUCAACAGAGUGUAUCCCCGUGCCUUGAGUGUUGAUGUUAUUGGAGUUACCACAAAGCAAGAGGUCCUUAAAUGCCUCGUCCCUUCAUGCAGUUUUGAGGACUUGAACACAGCCCCUCUCGUUGUUGCUGCCUACGAAAAAGUCUACCAAUAUGAUUGGAAUAGCGACUUGGUUAUGCCUGUUACCAAUGCCCAAGCCAUUGUCACUGUAGAUAUCCAGAAUACAUUGAGUUUUCGGUUUGAUGAAAAGAACUUCCAGCUCACGUUUAACACAGCUGCAAAGAUGAAUGGAUUGUUGAUCUACCUGCGAUGUGAAAUUGACGGAAACGAGUGGUCAUUCUCAACCAAGGAUUCCGGAUCGUAUGGACAAUCGUUAAUUCUCUUGAGACACCCUGUUGACGGUCUGCCGGGUCAAGAGGCUCGUGAUUUCCUGGCGGAUGACUUUGAUCACAAGGCAUUGAUAAAUCGGACGUUGCAGUCAGUUUCAAGUGAACCGAACACUGAGGCUGCAAUAUCAUCAAUUCUCCUCAAUACGGCAAACCAAGAGGUAGAGUCUACAUUUCAUGAGGUGGCUCAGGCUAUGCCUAGGAUCCUACGGAAUAUAGAAUCGGUCAAUCAACAGGCCAUUCUUCUCAGGGAUCAUAUGGACAGCGUCGAAAAGGACUUUCGAAAAAUGCAUAUAGAUGAUAGCGAUGUGAUUCGAGAGUUGGAGCGACUUGAUUGCCAGCGUCAACGGGCCAAAAAAGCAGCUGAUGCAUUACGUGAGGCAAAUAGAUGGUCAAUGCUGGUUAAUUCAAGACAAGCUCUAAUGGAAGGUGACGCAAACGUCGAUCAACUGUACCAACUCAUUCUCGAUAUGGACCAGAGUUUGAUUUACUUGGAGCAGAUGCCGGAUUAUGCCGAUCGAAAAGCUCUCCUGAAUGCCACUAAAGAUCGACUAGAGGCCUUGAUUGCACCACAAUUCAUGGAACUCCUGGAUGCUAUCACACAGUCUGCUGAUUCACGAUUGCUGGAACAGUUGCAGCAUAUGAUAACGAUUUUUGGUGGUUUGAAUAGAUCCUCCGUCGCUGUGCGGUAUUACGUCACUUGGCUCGAAAAUCGCUUAAAGGAAAAUUGGGACCGUUCAACUUAUAUUACAAUGGAUAAAAGUCCUUUCGCGGAUCAAAGCGUUGGUCGCGUUCAUUGCCACUUUCGUGACACCAUCACAUUCCUCAGUAGUCAACUGGAGCUUCGGCUUUUCGGGGAUGAAUCGAGAGUGCCACUGUUACGAGCUUUGGCCAACUCCAUGGAAACUGUAUCCCCACAAGUUUCCCAAUUCCUCAUGGAACAGCGUGACUCUUCAAAUAGUAGUCUUAAUCGGUGUUCUGACAUGCUGAAGUACACAGAUGAGUCAGCCAUCCUUGAUGACUUUCAAACAACCUCUGACCAGCUUUACGAGUGUCUCGUUGACCUCUUGUCGUGUGCAAUUUCCCAGACUAAAGGAAUCGGGCUCUCAAGUCUACUGGAUGCAGUUCACGAGACCACAAAAUUGUUGGUGGAACAGUGGCAAGAUGCGUUGGAAUCAUUUGCCAACAGCCUCAUUGAGCAGGACAGGGCAAUGCACUACAAGCAGGCUGACGGGAUGAAAACUGUACUCCUCCUCGUUUCUGCUACCGGCGCAUUGGCCAUGAAGAUUGGGGACUUCGUGAUGUCGUUUGAUGAUCAUCUUCAGAGGCUUUUUUCCCAGGAAGGAAGCAAAACCCUUGACUGUGCCAGCCGUGUCUGCCCGUUUCAUUCUCUACUUCUACCCCUGAUUGGUGAAUCCCAACCUUGUGCCAAUUGGUCCUUUCUCCUGUCUUUUGCGCCACAAUCUGAUUUGCUCAAAUCCCCUGUCGAUGAUUCCUCCAAUCCUAUCAUGCCAACCAGUGUCCUCACCACUCGAUUGGCUGAUCUCUGCAAGGCUUCGGUUACCAUUGCAGAACGUGUUGCACUGACACCCGUCGAUGAUAUUUUGGCAGUGGUGCCCAAAAUGACACUCUGGGCGUCGCAUCCGGCUGGCGGUGAUGCAAAGCUACCCGACUUGGCCUAUUUGCCACAGGAGUACAUAACGCAGCUCGGACAGUACAUUUUCAACCUUCCUGAGCAUCUCCUUCCCUUCAUGGACACGAACGAGGAUGCUAAUUCAACCAGCCUAGAACAGAGUGCCGCACUAGUCCACUGUCUUCGCUUAACUGAUUCUCGCACGUGUCAAGUUCAGUCCAAUGCUGUGGCUGCCGGUAGCCGGUCUCGUUUGAGCUCUAGUGCAGAAGCAGUUUCGUCGUCUUCCACCAUAACGGCAUGGCUUGAUUGGCUGCUAAGUGGGCAAGUAGCUGAAGCGUUUGUUAAAGCCAUUUUGGCGAUCCCUUCUCCAGCGCCAGUCCCAAGCAAUGUGGACAAACCGCCUCCAGGGCUAACUGCCCAUGGGGCGAAACAGUUGCUGACGGAUCUAGACUAUUUCCUGGGUCUUUUGGAAGAACUGGGAUUACCACGACCAGUAGAUUUGGUGUCCCUUCGUGACCUUAUAAACGCUUCGCCGGAAGAGUUUAAGAAGGUUUCAGCGGACAAGUCACCGCGAGUGGAUUCGGUAACCCAGAUUACGUUGAAGGUUGUGCCGCCCUACUGGGAGCCCUUUGGGGACCGAAAACACUUCCUGUGGAAGUCCUGCACCACUGCAGCCGCAUGCGAGGCAGAAAAGAAGCGCGCCGGUCGCGAAUGCAUGCGGGAGUGGUAUAUGGACUGGCGCUGCGUCGAGUGCUGCCAGGGCGAACUGUGCAAUUAUUAUGCUACUGGCCCCACUUUACUUCUUGUGGAUGCGUUAGGAGCAUCCGUCCCUGGUAUGGCUUGGGCCAAGUCUUCCCCAGUUAAACUUCCUCUCAACGAAAUCUCCCUCAAUCCUACUGGUGUUCUUAGGCAAAUUGACGAAGCCUACAUUGAACAACAACUGGCAUCAACCUCCUUUUAG